UGCUUACGUGCGGAAACAAACACAUCAGGUUGAAGCGCUGCGGUGGGCAAAUGGGAUUUUGCUUGUGAAGUGUUUAAUGUGUUCAGUAUCCGAUGGAACCUUCAGCGUGGUCUCAAAAUACUCUGUCUGGACAACCCAUAAUGGAACAGGACGAGGCAGAAACAAGUCCGAUAAGUAUCCCUCGACAGUCUUCAAUGUUCCGCAGCUACCGACACCUUCCCACUAAUACGAGUGCAUAUGACAGCAGGAUUUUCCUUCGCCCAUGUUUGCCUCCUCCUGCAAGCGCGCCUUAUCGUUCACAUUAUCUUUCGAAUGAAGUUUCACCGUUCUGGUUGCAGAGGAGCUCUAGUGCUAGGAACCUUCCAACCGCCAACACUGAAAGUAUGAUUAGUCUGGGAGAAGCUUCUCCAACCCGAAAUUCGGAGCUGCUGGACAAUCCUGGACCUUCCGCUGACAGCUACCCCCAACUCGAUCAUCAUCUUUACGAUACCGCUCAUUCCGCAUUAAUCGAACGUGACAAUUACCUGAACCGUUUUUCACACACAAAUCCAACGAGAUUCUCUUUAGAUUUUGGUAUUGUUCAACGUGGUCUAUCGGACAGCCACAUACCUCAAGCUGCACCACGCUUCACGAAUCCAAGGACGAAUCUAAAUUUAAACAGCGAUCAACCGCUAAUGGUGAAUAACCCUAACUCCAGGAGUUCCUUACCCAGCCAGUCAGGUACACACAACAACCCUCCAGCACCACUGAGUGCCUCACGUGAUAAUAAUCAAAGAGUAUUAGGUACAAACAGAUCAAGUGUGCGUCCCACUGGCAUGACGAUCCCAACUCGAGCCAGUACAUCUUCACAGACUAGAAUGCCAUUGAAUUUAAGGUUGCGUCGUGUCCUGGCUGAAAAUCGCGGAUAUAACGCAACAAACAAUGUCAAUUCGAUAGAUCCCCCUGGAUUUGGUGCACGACCGCCGGUAACGCUGAAUUUGGCACCCGAUUCCCAUAGAUCCUCUACCACAUAUCGGAGUGCUCCCCCCAUUCACUCGAGACCACUGAACAACGAAGCCACAACGAACCAGGCGUCGAACGCCUCUGUUAACAACCAAUCAGGACGCAGUAUGGACCGCAGAAUUCGUGUGGUUAGGCAACCCAAUGUGGUUGUUCAGAGAGUAUUCAAUAUGCCAUCUGAAGUCCAAAGCAGCACGAGUGGUGCGAGCAGUGUAGAGGACAUUCAGGUACCAACUGUGGUAACACCUGAUAUUCGAAGUAUACUCAACAACUCUGAGAGUCAGGAACAACAGAAUCCUUCUGAGAGCUCAGAUCGGAGCAGGACGCCUGAAUAUUCGGAUUCAUCCCUGGUCGAAGCAGUUGAUGUUCCACACGACGGUGAUUGGAGGACUGGCUGUUCAGGACCUCAAUCUCUUUGGCACCGACUACUUCAAAGUGAGCGUUUCGCAGACGUUUGGUUCGUAGUUGGUGGUACGAGUGAUUUGGAUACUAACUCCAUGUUUCCAAGUUUUGCACCCUUGGACUCAGGCGCACCGGGUGGCCCAACAGGUAUGCAGUUGUAUGCAAGACCCUCAAGAGGGACAGAGUUGAUACCCCAAUUACAACACGAGCAGUCUAGUUCACCCCCUGAGAGGUCAAAUGGUAUGGGUAUCAGUGACCCUGAACAUACAGUGUCGAACCUGAUUUGCAGUUACAACUCACUUGAGGAUGGUCAGGAAAAUCAUGAAGAGCUGGAUCUUAAUUCCGACUUAGACGAUAUCACCAAUGAGGCACAACAAUCGCGGAGUGUCACUGGACGGGCUCUUAUCGCAUCCCACGACCAACCUCUCUCAACGUCAUGUCCUGAGAAUAAAUCACUCAGAGGUCUCUCAGAAACUGACAGUGAAUUUAUUCACCAAGUUCGUGUCCAGUCGUGUAACUCUGUGGGUGAAUCUUCUAACCAUGAGGAAUCGGCUCUAGAUAACACCACCACCACGAAAUCUGGUUCAGUGGAAUCACCAAGUGAUCGGUCACACCGGGUUUCCGCCAUGCAACAUACACCGUGCAAACGUUUCGCAGCCCAUCGUCUCAUUCUCGCCACCGCAUCACCUGUAUUUGAGGCCAUGUUUUAUGGUCCGGUAGCGGAAAUGCAUUCACGCACUUCUGAACAGCACACGGAGUAUCGCGUUCCGGAUAUACACCCAAAGGCCUUCGAGACCAUGCUUCAUUACGUGUACACUGACGAAAUACAGUUGAACGAUGACCCAGAUAUUGUUUUCUACGUACUGUACGCUGCGAAGAAGUACAUGCUUGCACCACUUGGGCAACGUUGCGUUGAGCAUCUCAAGGGACUCAUUACUGCAUCUAACGUAUGUUUGAUGCUUGAUAGGAGCCUCUUCUUUGACGAAGAAGAUCUAACCCGCCGUUGUUGGCACGUGAUCGAUGUACUGGCCCCUCAUGUACUGAGCUCACCUGGACUCUUGGAAAUGGAUGCUACUAACUUUAUAUCAUUGCUUCAGCGGGACACACUGAAUUGUAAAGAAUCAGAGGUAUUUGCUGCGGUAAGACGCUGGGCUGGGGCUGAAUGUGUUCGGCUAGGCCUUCGUGAUGUUCUAGUGAAUCGAGCUCAGGUUGCUGCAAGGUUCCUCCCCCUGGUUCGCUUUCCAACAAUGACGCUUAAUGAUUUCGCAACGAAUGUGGCUUACUCUGGUUUUCUUUCACUUGAAAUGGUCCGAGAUCUGUUCGUCCACAUCACUACUAACGACUGCAGUGGACCUCCAAGAGACGGACAAACAGAAGCUAGCCAAACGGCCACCGAUAAACGAGGUGACGAAGACAUUGAUCGGGCUAAUGAGGAAUGUGGUCAAUCCAUGGAUACACAACUGGUCAUUCCUUGCUCAACCACGCAGUCAGAAACGGCUCACCAGCUCGUCAGUUCAGCGAAAAACGGAUCGCCACUGUUCUCUUCCGAACCAAGAUGCGGUCCGAAAGUAUGGAGGUGUUCACGCUUCUCUCGAACUGGUAAACAUGCAAUUACUCCAAAUGCCAAUGGUAGCCAUCAACAUAGCAUCAGUUUCCAGGUCUCAGCACCCAUAUUUCUUUCUGGCAUUGGAGUCUACGGGUCAACUCAGGUUGGUGAGCGUCUCAAUGUAACUGUGGAACUCAAACACAUUGUUCCUCGAGCUACCACAAACAACAGAGGGUGCUCCUCCGUUGGCACCCAGUUUCAUGGAUCUGUCGAUUCAACGGCUGACACACAGACUAGGAGACACCAGGCACUACCUCGUUCCAGUAGUCUGUUGGAGGUAGCCCGAUAUGACUGGACAGGUCGGCCACACGUGAUCAGCCGUCGGGUGAGCAGUCAGAAUCCUGAACCGACCGUUCUGACGAUGUCGGGUGAAGUCAACCGGAAUCUAACGCGAAUGGUUAAAAGGAAAAAGAAAACAUCAGAUGAGGAUAUUCAAGCCGUGGCAAACAUCCAAAUCGUAUCAGAUGGGUCUACUCGCGUGUAUGAUGUGACGUUUCCUUGUCCGGUGAAAAUUCUCGCAUAUCAGCGUUACCUGCUGAGUGUCCAGACAUUCCAGUGUGACAGACCCAAGUCCGUUUCAGGUGCCACUCUAGCCACUUUAAACUCGUCAACAUUCUAUAUCGGUUUCUUCGGUCGCCCUGAGGUCCGGGUACUUUGUGGCCAAAACGAUCAUCCUCGGGAAAAGAACACAUCUACUUCAAACACAAAGCGAAUCUCGUAUCGUGGUGGUGUCACGGACGGAGUUACAGGUCCUAAGCGAUGUUCACAGCGUACAUCAUCUCAUGCAAAACGUCCAUACCGUUUGAAGCCGAGCGCUUCAGCAAAUCAAGACGGGGAUUCCGAAGAAUUUUUGUUCCAUUUUUGGGAAACGCCUGAUGGGCAGGAACAUGGGGAAGUCGACCGAGGAUUUCUACCGGAGCUUCUUUUCUAUACAUGUUCGUAGGUGGACAGACCAAACCAUCGAGAAUGAUGAAACAGAUAGCCUAUCAUAUACACACAUACACCAAGUAUCAGCACUCAUCAAAACCACCAAAUACACACGGACGAAGAUUUUUUCAUUUUCGACGAGUUAUAUGUACACAGAUUACUUUAUAUGUUGAUUGAUUAUUCUAUUACUUACAUCACCCAUACCAAUAAUUUCAUAGCUUUCCUAACAUUGGGCUGAGCAAAGCUUUGGCUAUGUCUAGUGAAAUGUCCCAUAUAAG